AUGGCAGAGCCUAAGUGUGAACAGUGGAUAGACAUAGCACAUAAAUAUUAUGAAAAAACUCAAUUUUCUAACUGUAUAGGGGCUGUUGAUGGGAAACAUAUAAGAUGUGUCAACCCUAAAAACUCUGGAUCAAUAUUUUUCAAUUACAAAAAAUAUCUUUCUAUAGUUCUCAUGGCAGUUGUAGACUCAGAAUAUUGUUUUAUUUCUAUUGAUGUCGGGGCAUAUGGAAGAGAAGGGGAUUCAACUGUUUUCAAAGAAAACAAUCCUCAACCUUUUGUACUUGUUGCUGACGAGGCAUUUGGACUACAUAAAAACCUACUUAGACCAUUUCCAGGACGUGGACUGGACCAAAAAAAAAGAACUUUCAACUAUAGAUUGUCAAGGGCACGGAGAUACGUUGUAUGUACGUUUGGAAUUUUGGCCAAUAAAUGGAGGGUUCUGCACACAGCAAUCAAUGUUGAACCUGAUUUUGGAGAUGUAAUUGUAAAAGCUUGUUGUGUACUUCACAAUUUUGUCAGGAGACGAGAUGGAUAUAAAUUUGAGGACACACUAUCUAAUACUUUAGAGGAAAUUGCAGUGAACAGAAAUGGAGUUGGGGCUCGUUCCCAAGGUAUUGGUGUUCGUAGCUACUUUUCAGAUUAUUUUAUGGAUGCAGGAUCAGUACCAUUUCAGUACAAGUUUGGAUAA